AUGUAUAUGACCGUGGCCGGUGGUGCAGCAGUGAACAAUAAGUGUUUUCCCGAGCGUCGAUUUCCAUCGAUCGAGACAUUUGCAUUUACUGGAUGGUAUGAAAAAGGUUUCGAUUACAAUCACUCGUAUCGCGGUUGGUCGCUUGGUUUUUCAUCUCUUUCGGAAAUUGUUGUGACACCGAGCAGUGAUUACGUGUUUCGAUAA